AUGGCAUCGGGAAGUGCUAUAAAUGCUGAGCUAGCCGGUGGUGGUCGUCCACGAUCUGUUAGUGGCAAGCUGCGUGCCUGUGAGCUCUGCAAGUCGAAGAAGAAGCGCUGCACCCAUCGGGGAGGUGAAUACUCGCUCGUUGCGGACACCAAUAUCAUCAUGGAGACUAGGCUCCGGAAGCGAUCACAUCGUGAACUUCAUGUUGCUGAGAAGAAGCCAUCCAACCUUACUUCUGCAACCGCUUCCAGCUCUUCUUGCAUCCGUUCCAACAGGAUGGAGAAGUCCAACGACCGUCCCCUCCGCUCAGGCUCAGUGAAGAAAAGCCGCUCGGAGUCUCCUGUUGCCGAAAAGAGCCCCCCUACCACAAAGGGCGGCAAGGCCACCAAGCUUUCUAGAAACGAGACCGCCGCAGGCAAGACCAUCAUUCCCAAGCUGCCCAGCGGCACGAUUCAAGGCUCCAUCGCCAUGUCGGUCCAUUCUAUCUUCGCGCGUGAGCUCCAGCGCAAAUUGGAUAAUUAUGAAGCCAAGUUCCAGGCCAGCGUGGCUGCUCACCAAGUCAUGCAGGAGUCAGCCCAAUCUGUCCGAGACACUGUCCAGGCAUGGGUCGACGCGUGGGCUUCCGGCCAGUGA